AUGUUGAGCUUAGUUCAGUUUAGUUGUUUGAGUUUAGUGGCUUUAAGUGCCUUCAAAUUAAACAGUGCAAAAUUGCAGUCCAUUGCAAAGGAUGAGAUUCUGAAUCGCCAGAAACGUUAUCUGGCAUUUCCGGAGGGUUCUUCGGUAUCGGCUGCUGUUUGUCUAACAAUUGGUAUGAUUGGCAAUCCCGAUGUGGACUAUCUCAGUUGGGCUGUCAAUUGGGGUGUGGCAUAUGAUUUACCCAAUCACGAAUGGGUUAUUCAACAUGCUCAUGGUGUCAAUGCCAGUCUACCGAAAUACGUAAUCCAGAGGCGUUCGCGCCGAAGUUUCUACGAUGAAGUUCAAUCAGCUUUCGAUCACAUGGGCUUCAAUGGCAAAUCGUGUGUGGCUCGUGCUCUAUGCGAGAGUGCUAAAUAUUUGACACCUUCUCCAAAUGAACGAAAACGUGGCAAUAUGCUGGAGGAAUUGGUCCGCACUGUCUUCAGUUUACCUUCAAAACAUGUGGCUAAUCAUGAACCUCAACUGCAUUUUUAUUAUGAUGGCAUCUACAGACGUUCGAAACGUGCAACUGAGAAACGUAAUUGCCAUGAAAUCUAUCCGGAAUGCAAUUUCUCAUUACUAUCUCUGGCCUUGGCGGCUGGUGAAAUGUCUACAAAAGUUACCUCUUUCGAUUUUAUGUAACUUCAACCGGAAUUUUAUGUUAU